CGUUUCUGCAAAGAACCAAAAACCACAAAACCAAAUCUCAACAAAAUGGCAUUCAAGAUCGUGUUCGCUCUUGCCUUCGUCGCCGUGGCCAGCGCCGGCUACGCCCCAAUUGCCGCACCCCAGGUGUACCAUGCCGCCCCUGCUGUGGCCACCUACGCCCACGCACCCGUCGCCGUGGCCCAGAAGGUCGUGGUCAAGGCCGCCGAGGAGUACGAUCCCCAUCCCCAGUACCGUUUCUCGUACGGAGUCGACGACAAGCUGACCGGCGACAACAAGGGACAGGUUGAGGAGCGCGACGGAGAUGUGGUCCGCGGCGAGUACUCCUUGAUCGAUGCCGAUGGCUACAAGAGGACCGUCCAGUACACCGCCGAUCCCAUCAACGGAUUCAACGCCGUGGUGAACCGUGAGCCCCUCGUCAAGGCCGUCGCCGUUGCUCCCGUUGUGAAGACCGUUGCCGCCGCCCCUGUCGCCCACUAUGCUGCCCCCGCUGCCUACACCUCGUACGCUGCCCCAGCUGUCGUGAAGACCGUUGCCCCCGUUGCCCACUACGCUGCCCCUGCUGUGGUCAAGACUGUGGCUCCAGUUGCCCACUACGCCGCUCCAGCUGUCGCUCACUACGCUGCCCCAGCUGUGGUCAAGACUGUGGCUCCCGUGGCCCACUAUGCCGCCCCUGCCACGUACACCUCGUACGCCGCCCCCGCCGUUUACAACUUUGCCUACGACGUCCAGGACGCUCUCUCCGGGGACUCCAAGAGCCAGGUUGAGUCCCGCGAUGGGGAUGUGGUCCAGGGCGAGUACUCGCUGGACGAUGCCGAUGGCUUCCGUCGCACCGUCAAGUACACGGCUGACUCUGUGAACGGAUUCAAUGCCGUUGUGCACCGCGAGCCCCUAGCCCAUGUGCACCACAAGGUGGUGGCCGCUGCUCCCGCUCAGUACCAUCAUGCCCCCGCCACCCCCGCUGCCGUGAUCAAGACCUAUGCCGCUCCAGCUCCAGCUUAUGUGGCCCCCGCUUACACUGCUCCCGCCUACACCGCCCACCACGAGGUGCAGCAGCCCCAGCAGCACCAGAUCGAGCAUGUGCAUGUCCAACAGCCGGCUCAGGAACAGGAUCACCAGCAGCACCACUAUGCCAGCUACGAGUCACCCGCCCACUCGCAGGCCGCCCACGAGGGCCACGAGUACUACCACCACCAGUAAGGGGUUACCUCCAGCCACAGAUCACCUGACGAGCGAAAGUAUUAACUCUGCAUCCACUAUAUCGCGAUAACUCAUUUAGACAUUAUCCUAGUUCUGUUGAUUAGUCUUACUCAUCCUGUAAAUAUUUCUAAUAAACUACCUACC